GCCGCACCCAGCACCAUGGGCAGGCUGCGGCUGUGGCUCGCCGUCCUUGCUGGCCUCAGCGGUGUCACCGCCCAGGAAGACCUCUACCGAAAGGUGUUCGUCUUUCGAACGGACCCCAGCGAUGCCUACGUGGUGCUGCGGGCGAAGCCGGAGCAGCCGCUGCUGAACUUCACCGUGUGCCUGCGCUCCUACACGGACCUCGCACGGCCCCACAGCCUCUUCUCCUACGCCACCAAGGCGCAGGACAACGAGAUCCUCCUCUUCAAGCCCAAGCCCACCGAGUACCGCUUCUACAUGGGGGGCAAGUUCGUCACCUUCCGCGUCCCCGAGGGCCGCGGGGACUGGGAGCACGUCUGCGCCAGCUGGGAGUCGGCCACCGGCAUCGCCGAAUUCUGGCUCAACGGGAAGCCCUGGCCCCGCAAGGGGCUGCAGCGGGGCUACGCGGUGGGCGCCGAGGCCGCGAUCCUGCUGGGGCAGGAGCAGGACGCCUUCGGGGGAGGCUUUGACGUCUAUAACUCCUUCACGGGCGAGCUGGCCGACGUCCACCUGUGGGACGCGGGGCUGUCCCCGGACAAGAUGCGAGCUGCCUACCAGUCCCUGCGCCUGCCGCCCGCCCUGCUGGCCUGGAGGAGCUUGAGCUACGAAACCAAGGGCGACGUGGUGGUGAAACCGCGGCUCCGGGAGGCUCUGGGGAGCUGAGAGCCCACCUCAGCCCCCGCUGUCCCCUCGCUGUCCCCCCCAGCCUGGCAGUCACCCAGGGGUGCCCCUUCCUUUCCCAAUGCCCCCCCUGUGCUGCCCCGGUGACGCCCAAGGUCGUCCCCUUUCCCGUAUAUACAAAUAAAUA